UUGAUUACGCCAUAUACAUUUAUCUUGAUAUACUUUUUAUUCUAUGAUAUUCAAGUGAUUUCAUCAUAGCGAUAUUCUAUCACGUUAAAUGAAAUGUUUCUGCACGUUUAUUGCCAAAUGUGAAGUUUUAAAUAAAAUGUGCAAAUUAUUUGUAUUGACGAAUUCAACGAAUUAUAUUUUGAAGAAUGCGGCAUGGUGAUCUAACCUUAAAUCAUUUAUUCGACGCACUUGUAGAUAAUUGAUAAAAAGAAUUUAUUGAGUGUAUAAAAAUUAAAUAUUUAUAAUGACCGAUUCUGAAACAAAAGAAACUCCAACAGUGGAGGAUACAACGGAGAAAAAUGAAAAUGAUCCGUAUGCGUAUCUGGAAAGGGAUAAUUUCACAUCAGAAAAAUUUAAAGUUGAAGUGCGUGGGUUGCCAAAAUAUUAUGGAAUUGGAGAGUUUAAAAAAUUGUUGAAUGAAAAACUUGAUUUACAAACUUGCAAGGUAAAACCACCGAAACAGUCAAGCGGUUGGCUGUAUGUUUGUUUUAGAAGCGAAGAAUGUCGUCAGCGAGCAAUAUCUACUUUAAAUGGAAUUUUAUGGAAAAACUGUAAGCUUUCUGCUCAGAUCGCUAAACCAGCUCCAGAUCCUUUUGUAAAAAGAAAAUUAGAAGAGAAUAAAAGUAAUAAGAAAUUAAAAAAUGAACUUUACGAUCCAGAUAUGUCGGCUGUGGAUAGAAUUAAAUUUACAACGACUCCUCUUUGGAACAUGCCUUAUUCGAGUCAACUUGAAUUUAAGCAAAAGGAAAUGAGAUCUGUGUUAAUGAAAAUUGGUCAGAAAAUGCUUGAAGGAAACGUACAUUUGUCUGAGUGGAUUAAUUCGCAAAAGAAAUUAUAUGAAAAUUUGCCUUGUGAAUUGAAACCUAUUUUACAUGCCGAAAGUACUGAAGCUUAUAGAAACAAGUGUGAAUUUACGAUUGGUAAGAAUAUAGAAGGUGAUAAAGUUAUAAUUGGAUUUAGAUUGUCUAGUUAUGCUGCUGGUUGUACAGCAGUAGGUCCUAUUGAUGACCUUUGUCACAUUCCUAAAAAUAUGAAAACUGCAGUAAAGACAUUAGAAGAAUUUGUACAAAAUUCUGGAUUAGAACCUUUUAAUCCAGUAGAUCACAGUGGAUAUUGGAAACAAGUUACUGCUAGAACUAGUCGUCUCAAUCAAUUAAUGUUAAUAGUGGGAAUAAAUCCUCAAGAUUUAACCAUUGAAAGGUUAAAAGAGUUACAAAAUCAAUUGAAAGAAUUUUUUGAAUCUGGAAAAGGAUCCACUAUAGAUGUUACAUCACUUUAUUUUCAAACAAUGGAGAAUAAAAGUGUCGGCAGCGAAUCUAGAAACGUUCUACAGCAUAUAAGUGGAACUGAAUAUAUCGAAGAAAUUUUGUUAGAAAAGAAAUUUCGUAUAUCACCACAAGCCUUUUUCCAAGUGAAUACAUUAAGUGCUGAAGUUUUAUAUAAAGCAGUCAUCGAUAUGGCAGAACCAACUAACGACACUACAUUAUUGGAUAUUUGUUGCGGAACUGGAACUAUAGGUUUAUCUUUCUCAAAGCAUUGCGGUGAAGUUUUAGGAGUAGAAGUUGUAUCCGAUGCUAUUAAAGAUGCAAAACAAAAUGCUGUUCAAAAUGGUGUUACCAAUUGUGAAUUUUUUGUUGGUAAAGCAGAAGAUAUUUUAUAUCCUAUUAUUCAAAGGGCAACAAAAUCUCGUAUUGUAGCUGUGGUUGAUCCACCAAGAGCUGGUAUACAUCAAAAAACAUUAUUAACGUUACGUAAAACGAGAAAAUUGACAAGAUUAGUUUAUAUAUCUUGUGACCCUCGAGCAGCUAUGAGAAAUUUGAUAGAUCUCUCAAGACCAAGAUCGAAACAAUAUUACGGAGAACCUUUUGUACCGAUAAAAGCUAUUGCCGUGGAUAUGUUUCCUCAUACGAAACAUUGUGAAUUAAUAAUAUGCCUUGAAAGAUUAUCCGAAGUAACAAACUCAAAUGUUAAUUCUUGAAAGUAUUCAAAUUAAAUAUUUUUUAAAUGGGAAAAAUGUAUGUACAUUUAUGUUGUAUUUUUGAAUUAUCGAUAUCAAUAAUAAUUUAUGUACGAUAUGAGACCAAUGGCAAGUCCUUUUAAACGUAUAGAUAGAAAAAUUAUUUCAAUAAUUAAACUUUAUUUAAUACCGCAUCAUUCUAUAAUUAUGACAUAUAGCAAAUAUAAUUCUUAAUAGUUUUAAUGGAUGUUAUCUAGCAUUUCAAAAUACACGUCACUUACUCAACAAAAUCAAGAUAAAAAAAAAAAACAGCUAGAGAGAAUAAAACCAAUUGGAUAAAAUCAGUUAGAUAAAAAAAUUAGAUACAAAAAUUAGAUCAAAAUCUAAAUGGUCUUUCAAACGAUCACAUUAUGAAAAUACGUAAAUUAAUUAAUUUAUAGCUUACCUUUCAUCAAUUAAGUUUUAAUAUAACAAUGCUUUUUACACUAUUUUUAUUCUUUUUUUCAUUAAUAUUCAUUAUUUUUUAGAAGCUUUGUCGUACGUUCAUUUUCGAUCUUACCUUGAAGAGAAAAUUGUUUGAGAUUUAAGAUUGCAUAAAAUGCGAUUGAUAAUUAACGCGAAACGUAUCAAUAAAAAUAUUCUUCCAUUUUGUCAAGGAACUCGAGAGCACAGUCGAGAUUAAAAAUAUUUAUUUAUCGUGAUUUUGUAUCGAUGAAAAAUCGUAUUUAAUUCUUAUAGAUAAUGUAUUUGUUGCUGUUAAUCAUUAUGCAACAUCAGCCAUGGAAAAAGUCGUCGAUCGUUGAUCAGAAAUUAGUAAUAAAAUUGAUAAUUGAAAACGUUUAGAGCCGAAGGUACCAUCUGUGAAUUGGCAACUUGAAUCGGUGGAGCUGAUCUUGUUAAAGUCUUGCCACUUCCUAUCUCUGCUCUUCCUUGAUUAUCAACAACCUUUUGCAAGGCUAUCAUCAAUUGAUCGAACAAAAGAGCUGCUCUUUUUGGCACCACAAC